CUGGAGACCUAAAGAAAUAUCGUACUCAAUUCAAUCUCCCGGGGUGAAAUCGUUUUGCCAAAAUUUGGCCUGAAUGUCGGUGUUUCCCUAUCAACAACCACCGUUCCUAAUUUCUUUUGCCAUACUACUAUUAUUCUCCAUCCAAUGUACCAAAGGGCGAAAAGGAGACAACCAGAAACAAGUUCAUGGAAUUGAGUUCAUUCAUACAUAGUUCAUCUGAACCUUCUUCAAAUCUUCCAAUCUGACAAUUCCAACGUUACGUUCGCAUGAAUUGAUUUCUCAAAUUGUUAUUUUAUAGAUGCACGAUUGAGUUUCCUAACGACCCAAUAACAUCAUCCAUACUCCGUACCCUGUUCAUAAAGUUGUGAGCGCAUAAUUAAUCAUGGCAUCCACUACGGGAACAAUGCGUGGGACACCAAGUCGCAGCGGUCAAGCCCGUGGUCAACUGCCUGUCUUUAGCAAUAGUCCUGCGUCGAAUAUCCCUCGACCCGCACAAGAUUCUCAUGCGACGCAUGCAACGACUUCAACUACACAAAGUGAAGUUGGUGGAUCCAGUAUGAGUGCAAGCAGAGCAAAACAAUCCAAGAGGGAUGAGGUAUGUUAUAUAUCUUCUUAUUUUCAUUUUAUCUGCUUCCCCUUGCCGCAUUCUGGAACCCCGUUGAAAUAAAAAAAAAUCCGGUGGUUCUGGUGCAAAGUAUCCCACCAUGCCGCAAAUUAGACGUCAGAAAAGCAAGACGAGGUUAACAGUUCCACAGGCCAUCCGGCGGAAGAUCGAGACUGAUCUCAGUAAGAAGAGUAAGACGACAGGUCGUGCUCGACAGACAAGAAAAGCCCCGCCAGGAACGGUUCUCGCCCUUCGACCAAGUCAAGCACUCCAGAUAAAACCCAAUACCACUGUGGCAGAGGCUGCACAGUUGAUGGCAGCAAAGAGAGAAGAUUGUGUCCUAGUUACCGACGAUGACGACCGCAUUGCAGGCAUUUUCACUGCCAAAGAUUUGGCUUUCCGAGUCGUUGGAGCAGGAAUCAAGGCCGCCAAUAUCACAAUAGCUGAGAUUAUGACCAAGAACCCGCUCUGCGCCAGAACCGAUACAAGCGCUACCGAUGCCCUGGACUUGAUGGUUAGAAAGGGAUUCCGUCAUUUACCAGUCAUGGACGAGAACCAAGAUAUUUCGGGUAUCCUUGAUAUCACAAAGUGCUUUUAUGAUGCUAUGGAAAAGUUGGAGCGGGCUUAUAGUUCUUCGAGAAAACUUUACGAUGCUUUAGAAGGUGUUCAAUCGGAAUUGGGGUCCAGUCAACCGCAACAAAUUAUUCAAUAUGUGGAGGCGCUCCGAUCAAAGAUGUCCGGACCUACUUUGGAAUCCGUCCUUACUGGAAUUCCACCUACAACCGUCACUGUACGAACAUCCGUUAAGGAGGCCGCUGCUUUGAUGAAAGAAAAUCACACCACGGCUGUUCUUGUUCAAGAUGGAGGAUCAAUUACUGGUAUUUUUACAAGUAAAGAUGUUGUUUUACGUGUUAUCGCACCAGGAUUGGACCCCUCCAACUGCUCUGUUGUACGUGUCAUGACCCCCCACCCGGAUUUUGCUCCUAUGGAUAUGAGUAUUCAAGCAGCGUUGAGAAAGAUGCAUGGUAAGAUUCCUAUUAUUUUGUGAUGUUCUUUGGCUUACUUAACCAGAUGGUCACUACUUGAAUUUGCCAGUCAUGAACGAUCAAGGCGAAAUCGUUGGAAUGGUUGAUGUUCUCAAACUUACAUAUGCCACCUUGGAGCAAAUCAACACCAUGCAGACAGGUGAAAGUGAUAGCGGGCCAGCAUGGAAUAAGUUUUGGAUGUCUCUUGAGCAUGAAACUGAAUCAAUGGUGUCUGGCGAGGGAAGUCAUCAUCACACAACCGGUGGCCGAUCUUUAAUGUCCCCAGAUAUGUCACGGGGCCAUGAACGUCAAGUUGAUGCCAGUGUUGCGCCUAAUGAUUCCGCUUCUCACGUUGGUCUAGAUUCUCCACGCUCGCAAUUGAGUCGUCAUAAUGAUAUUCCCCCCGAGGAUGUUCCAUUUGCAUUCAAAUUCAAGGCUCCAAGCGGCCGUGUGCAUAGAGUUCAAGUUACAGCCAGUCAUGGCCUAGCUGAACUCAUUUCCGCUGUUGCAAAUAAAUUGGGAGCUGAAAUUGAUGCUGUCGGAGGUGUAGCAACAGUAGAGGAUGGUAAACUUGACUCGUCCGGAUUCGCUCUUAGUUAUCUUGACGACGAGGGUGAUUCUAUAUCAAUCACAACCGACGAAGAUCUUCUGGAAGCAAUUGUUAUCGCCAGAAAUAGUCACCGGGAUAAAGUCGACUUGUUCGUUCAUGAUCCCGAGAAGCCACCGAUGGCUGCAACCUUGGAACCUCAGCCACCUGCCAUCCAAGUAACUACUCCACCAGGAUCAGCUACUAUCCGAAGACGUCGUGUGGUUGCCGAUGAUGAGGAAGAGAGUGAUGAUGAACCUCGAGUCAAAUCGAAAUCACGAAAGGCAGCAGCUCCACAACCAGCUCCAGAGGUUAUUCCAGGGGUGCCAAAUGAGCUCUUAUUACCUGGAGCGAUUGUAACUCUUGCAGUUGUUAUUGUCGGAGUUUUUACAUUGACUCGAAUUACGAGCCGUUAAUAUAAUGUUCUAGAGCUUGCCUUCAUAUUGUUAAGACUUCAAUUGUCUGUUAGAUCUCCAUCUCUAGAAGGAGUCGUACAAGCAUUAUGAUGCCCUUUUGAUAACCAUUUGAUAGUUUUACGCGAAUUCAAGUCUAUACCCCUUUUUGAAAACAAU